AUGGCUAACCAAAGGAGCAAUGAAGCGGCCAUAAAGAAUUUAGAAAAUCAAGUGGGUCAACUUGCAAAGCAAUUGUCCGAGCAACAACCGGUAUCUUCUUUUCCCGCCAGCACUCAAACAAAUCCAAGGGAGCAUUGCAAAGCCAUUGUGACAAGAAGUGGUAAAGAGAUAAAUGGUGGAAUAGAUGGAGGUGUUAUAGUGGAAGAUGAUAAGGAAAUAAUAGUUGAAAACCAAAAGGGUGAGGUGGUACUUGAUGAUGAGGGAGAAAAGAGUGAGGAGAAAGUGGAGGAAGAAUUAGUUGAAAAAGAGCGGAAAGAAAAAGAAGGAAGAGAGAAAAAUGACAAAAAAGUGAAGAGGAAUAAAAAGAGAAAUGAGAAUGUGAGCACAAUUCCUCUCCAACAUCUACCUUACCCGCAUGUGCAAUCAAGGAAGGAAGACGCAAGGCGCUACGCUCGAUUUAUGGAUAUAUUUAAACAACUUCACGUAAAUAUUCCAUUUUCCGAAGCAUUGGAGAAAAUGCCCAAGUAUGCAAAAUUCAUGAAGCAAAUGCUCACAAAGAAAAAGAAGUACACGGAUGAAGAGACAGUUGUGCUUGAUGCUCAUUGUAGUGCAAUUAUUCAAAAAACUCCCCCAAGAAAGGAAGCCGAUCCGGGACGAGUCAUUUUACCGAUCACCAUUGGAGGUAACUACAUUAGUAAUGGUUUGGUUGAUUUGGGGUCUAGCAUCAAUUUAAUACCUUUAUCCGUUGUCAAGAGAUUGGGGAACAUUGAGAUGAAACACACCAGAAUAACUUUACAACUAGCCGAUAAGUCUAUCAUUUCACCAUAUGGAGUUGUACAAGACAUGCUGCCUCCUAAGGAUGAACAUGACAACUUUCGAAUAGAUGAUGAAAAAGGAGAAAUCAUUGAGGUGGAGAAUCAAUUUCACAAGGACAAGGACAAGGCAAAUCAUGAGGGAAAGACUCAUCACAAAAACUUUGAAGUUGGACAAAUGGUGCUUGUGUGCAAUUCAAGACUCAAGGUGUUUUCUAGUAAGUUAAAGUCAAAGUGGUCGGGGCCAUUUGUUUUGAAAGAGGUGCGAAAUUAUGGAUCCAUUGUGGUGGAGGACCCUAAAACACAAGAAAGCUGGACUGUAAAGGAACAAAGACUCAAAGGCUACCACGAUGGAUAA